CUCCUCCCUUACCUUUAUAAAUACAGUUGUUACAACUCUUUACUUUCAGUACACAAAAGUCACAACACAUUACACAUAUAUCAUAGAGAAAACAUAGAUAACAUAUAGAGAGAGAAAGUACAGAUCGAGUAACAACAACUUAAGAGAGAGAAAAUGGCCGGCGGAGGCUUUGCGGCGCCGGCGAACGGCGCUGUUUUCGAGGCGAAGAUAACUCCGAUCGUCAUCAUUUCUUGUAUUAUGGCUGCCACCGGUGGUCUCAUGUUCGGUUAUGACGUCGGAAUAUCAGGAGGUGUAACAUCAAUGGACCCUUUCCUAAGAAAAUUCUUUCCAGUGGUGUUCCGUAAAAAGAAUUUACCAGAUGCAAACCAAAGUAACUACUGUGAAUAUGACAACCAAGGGCUUCAAUUAUUCACAUCAUCACUAUACCUUGCUGCUUUAGUUGCAACGUUUUUCGCCUCAUAUACCACAAGACAGUUGGGGAGGAGGCUAACUAUGUUAAUCGCGGGGUUUUUCUUCAUCACCGGUGUCGUUCUUAAUGCCGCAGCUCAAGAUCUUGCUAUGCUUAUUAUUGGCAGGAUUUUGCUUGGUUGUGGCGUUGGCUUUGCUAAUCAGGCAGUUCCCGUGUUUCUAUCAGAAAUAGCACCAACUCAAAUUCGAGGUGGUCUGAAUAUAUUAUUUCAGCUCAACGUCACCAUCGGUAUUCUUUUUGCCAACCUCGUCAAUUAUGGCACCGCAAAAAUGCACGGAGAAAAUGGAUGGAGGGUGUCACUAGGAAUAGCUGGUGUACCAGCAUGCCUACUGACGUUAGGAGCUCUACUGGUUACUGACACACCAAACAGUCUUAUUGAACGAGGGAAGUUGGAAGAAGGCAAAGCUGUACUUAGAAAAAUUAGGGGUACAGAUAACAUUGAGCCAGAGUUCAAUGAACUUGUUGAAGCUAGUCGUGUUGCUCAACUUGUUAAGAACCCUUUCAGAAAUCUCCUCAAACGAAGAAAUCGACCUCAGCUUAUUAUUUCCAUCGCGUUGCAGGUGUUUCAACAAUUUACUGGAAUAAACGCAAUCAUGUUCUACGCCCCUGUAUUAUUCAACACCUUAGGAUUCGGAGGCAAUGCAUCCUUAUACUCAGCCGUUAUCACGGGAGCGGUAAACGUCCUUUCCACCAUCGUCUCCAUUUACUCCGUCGACAAACUAGGAAGACGCAUCCUCCUCCUCCAGGCAGGAGUUCAGAUGUUCCUAUCUCAGGUCAUCAUCGCCAUCAUCCUCGGCCUGAAAGUCAAAGACCAUUCCAACCACUUAGGCCACGGGUACGCAAUAUUUGUAGUUAUACUCGUGUGUACUUUCGUAUCCGCCUUCGCCUGGUCAUGGGGCCCACUAGGGUGGCUCAUACCAUCGGAGACCUUCCCGUUGGAAACCCGGUCAGCCGGUCAGAGUGUGACCGUCUGUACGAACAUGCUCUUCACUUUCGUCAUUGGGCAAGCCUUCUUAUCCAUGCUUUGUAAGUUUAAGUUUGGGAUUUUCCUCUUCUUUUCUGGGUGGGUUUUGGUUAUGUCUCUUUUCGUGGUUUUCUUGCUCCCUGAAACUAAGAAUGUUCCUAUUGAGGAAAUGACGGAGAAGGUUUGGAAAAGACAUUGGUUGUGGAAAAGGUUUAUGGAUAAUGAUGAGGAUUUCGUUGGAGUUGAGGUUAACACCAUCAAGGAUGUGAACAAGAAGCAGCAAACUAAUGGGUCGACUCUUUGAUUUAAAUUUGGGUGUAAUAAUACAAAUAAUGCAAUUCAAUCUUUGUUAGAAGUACGAUUUUUGUACACUUUUUUAGGUGUAACGAUAUAAUUAAAGGGUAAAUAUGAUAUUGAUGAUAAAAUGAGGGUAUAUAUACAUUUGCUAGUGAAAAUUGUGCCCCUUCCUAGUUCCUACUCUUAAAGUUUUAAUGGGUUAGGAUUUUUUUUAUAUAUAUAUUGAAUGAACAGGCUUCUUUCAGUGA